AUGCGCGCCGAGCGCGAGCGCAGACGGCUCGCCGCGGCCGGCGUGCCCGAGGUGAAGCAGCAGCAGCAGCAGCAGCAGCAGCAGCAGCAGCAGCAAGGACCAUCGGACGACAAGCGGAGCGACUGGGUGCGCGAGUGGGACGAGAAGGAGAAGAAGGCGCUCGAGGACGGCAGGGGGCUGAGCGGCCUCAUCGAGGACACGAUCAAGGAGGUGUUUGGCUUCGGCAAGACGGGCGAGGAAGCGAGCGACGGCCCGGUCGGCAUCCAGGAAGAUCCCAAGAAGAAGGACCAAAAAAGGGGAUGA